AUGUCCAGCUCUGAUUACCUUCCUGACUACCCGCUCAACUCAGAUUUAGUGAAAAGAUUAAAGUCCGCCCUGGAUGCCAGGGAUGAGGGGACGGUGCAGGAUUUGAUCUGCACUGAAGUGAAGCCCGUGGACGCCGUGAUAGAACUGGCCAACGACGACUGGAUGAAAGACCCUGCGGCUCAGCUGCCCCCCGGCGUGCUGCUAGGCCUCUGGACCCUGGAGUACAAGCGCGAGCUCACCACGCCCCUGUGCAUCGUGCUGAGGACCUGUGCACCUGCCCCCACGGUCAUCGAGGUCCUUUUCAACUCCUACUCUCAGCUCCACGUGUCAGAGUCCUGGAGGGAGCUGAUACCUGAAGAAAUAUUCCAGAUGCACGAGCCAUUCUACCAGUCUCUCCUGGCCCUGGCCCACACCCCACGCUGCCUGCAGCAUCUCUGCCGCUGUGCCAUUCGCAAAUCAUUUGGCAAAAAUGGUGUGCCCUUUCCUCUUCGGAAUGAAGAGCCUCCUCCUUUGUUUCUGGGGUUUGCUAAUAAGAAGAGAGAAUCGCUCCGCUGGGUACCGCCCCCACCCAGGUCUUUGGAGUGCAAGCGACCAGCCCCGAGAGGGGUCCCAGGCAUCAGCCCCCCGGGCUGGGCCCAGUCGCCGCCCACAGNCGCGGCCGCGCUGCGCAGCAACCUCGCUCCGAGGGGCCGAUCCCGACCGCGGCCCGCAGGGGGCGCGCUCGAGCCGAGCCGGAGUGGGGAAGGGGGCGGGGCCAACCCUUGGUCCUUCGCCUGCAGCUCGGGUCCCGCCCCCUAG